GGCGGACAAGAUGGCGGCGCCGCUGAGAGCAGCGAAGUGGCUGCGGCUGGCGGGUGGCGGGCCCGGCCUCGCUUUGACUCGUUCUGCAUUUUUUGCAAGAAAGCGUACUUACGACCAACCGAACUGGUUUGGAGUUGGGCUGGCUUUCACCACCAGUGCUGCCCUGUGGGCUUUUCUUUUCAAGCAGCAUAAUGAAGAUGUAAUGGAAUAUGAAAGAAGAAAACAAGAGAGGCACCAUAAGUGUACAGGUUGUUCAUAGUUGACCAAAUGUUUGAUGAGAAAUACCGUCCUGUGAAUUAAGGAGUACGGCGGACCUAUCUGAAAGUAUUUAAACCUUAUCUGUUCAUACAUUUCACAUGCAAGCCUAUGAAAUAAAGUGUGAAAGAAGCUUCUGAAGACUUCUCUUGCCGUUUGUAUUUUAUCCCACCGGCUUUCGUAAAUUGUUUUCUGAUUGCAUUUACGUAUUUCAUAGUUCUGAAAGUAAUGUUGAUAAAGUGCACGGUUUUCUGGAAUGUGUAUUACAAAGUCGAGCAUCAGUUAAGAGACAGCCCAGGAGGCAGCUGGAAAGGAGCUGCUUGUUGAAGGGCAGCAUCUCAUGGAUAGUGCCGUGACUUUGCAGUGGUUCUGAAAGGCAGCGCCGGGUGAGUGCUUGCAGGGCUGUGCUCCGGGUGUCACAGAGGAGAGGCAGGAGCGGGCUCAGCCGGAGGCGUGCUGGCUGUCAUUGCUCUGUGUUCUAACGCUGUCUCGCUGUUCCCCUGGUGAGACGAACAGCUGCUGUUCCUGCUGCCUUCUGAGUGCUCAGCCCUACGCUUGCUGUAAGUCAAGGUCAGGCAAGGACAAAGGGAAUAAAAACGGAGUAGUGACAACGGCGCUGCCUGCCUGUGUGGGAGGGAGAGGCAGCUGCACUGCUGUGACCUUGAGGUGCCCGUGAGGGAGGGCUGGAAAGGUCUCACGGCUGUCAUUUCCUUCCUGCGAGAUGUGACCGCCUAAACGCUGAACCUCUCUUUUCCAGCGUUCAGCCUGAAAGCCCUUUGCUUUCAAUUGGGGUGGUUUCUCCAGCUUGUUUUGCAGGAAUGCUUGACGACGAGCGCUUUUAAAGGCAUCUCUGCUUUAGCGAAGGAGUAACGUUCCCCCCUGCUCCUCGGCGAGGCGGUCCCCGCGCCCCGCACUGCCGCAGAUAGCGGCGGACCCGUGUGAGCGCCGGGCUCGCCCAGGUGCGGCGGCACGCGGCCGGGGCGGGGCUAACGCAGGCCCCGCCCUCAGUGCGGCAGGGGCGGGCCGAUCGCAGCCCGUUGCGGUGCUCGCCGCAGCGCCCGCAGCCCCGCUCUCGCCGUCGCCGUCGCCAUGUACCUGUGCAGGGCCGCCUCGCAAGCGCUGGCCGCUCGCCUGAGCCGAGCGCCCUCGGCCGCCAGCCGCCUCACGCAGCGCGCACCGCUUCGCCAGAUGUCAUCUGGGAGUGUUCCUGGCUCUUCUGGAGAGAACAUGAUUUACUAUCUCAUCACUGGGGUUGCUGCUUUCGGUGCUUUGUUCUAUACCUACAAAGUGGUCGGUUCAUCCCGUAGCAACUACAUCGAACAUGUGAAUGUUCUCCAUGAGAGAGGGCAGAAACACAAAGCUGACUCUUACAAGGGUGAUGAAGAGGAGACAGCUGAAGUCACUGGAGCAGACGUGGCCACAGAAGAAGCUGAUGCAUCAACUGCUGCUGGACCUGCAGCGCAGGAGGAGAGUUCUGGGGUUACCCCAGAAACUGGAGGAGAGAGUGACUUGCCGGCUGCAGACACAUCCACUGCUGUGGAGGGAGCACAGCAGGAAGCUGCUGCUAAUUCAGAAGCUCCUGCAGUGCAAGAAACAAAAGGGCUGAGAUUUUGCUAUCAGUAUAACACUUUGCAUGAAGCUAUGACACACGUGGAGUCUGUAGGGUAACAUGUCCAAAUAAGAAUAGAGGUAGGAAAAUAACACUGAAUGAAACUGCCGAAUUAUGAAACCAUCCGACUGCAGUGCUGUUGAUAAAUGAUGGUGUUUUGUUUGUUUGUUUCUGCAGAAUUAAGGAGAAAACACUUAGGAAGAAAUUAAGAAAUGUAAGGACGUUGCCAUUUUUAGAUUUCACACUAUGUGGUUCAGGAUGAAUCAUUUGAGAGGGAUUUGACCGGAACACUGCAAAUAUGUGUUACAUUACAGCAUUACAGAUGCUGAGGAGCUGAAGUAAUGUUGUAUAAUAGCUGUGAUCAAGCAGCCGGGCAUUCAGUGGAAAAAAUGCUACAAACAGUACUUAAAUACUGUGUGUCUUCACUGCAGGGAGGCAAUGAACAAUACAGGUUGUUUUCAAAGCUCUCAGAAAAUAUACGAAAGCUUGUGUAAGUAGAGAAAAUGGGUCCCAGUCAUUGCGGCACAAAGGCAUAUGGGACAUCAGGAUUUCAAUCUGAUCAGCCUUCAGGAAGCGGCACCAUCAGUUAGGAUGUUAUAACAUCUCUAGAGAUCUAUUUUGAAAAAUAAAGAAGCUUAGAUUUUGUAGAAUUGUAGAACUAAUGAAAGUGAGAAGUGAUUUCAGGAAGUUAAAUAGAUAUGCAGAGAAGCAAAAAGGAGAAAUUCUGGAGCUUGGCGCUUCGGGCUACUGGCUCAUCAAUAGAAGAGGCAGGUAUGAUGAUCUGUUGUUAUGUUUAAUGUUCUUCGCAGAUCUGAUUCUGAAAGCGAUGGGUGAUUUCAGAUUGUUCUCAGGUAAUCAUUAACCUGGAGUUGCCCUGGGAUCACUGGGAUUCCCUGGAGCAGAGAAAAAUGUGUUUACCUGGUGAGUGGAACGCAGCAUUUGUUCCAAGAUGGAGCCACGUACAGGACCAAAAAAUAGACUUGUUUUGGUAUAUCAGGUUAAUGUUCGAGAUAGCUUUCAUGUUUAUGGACUGGUACAACGCUGUGUUCAUGCUGAUGCCAUCUCUGGGAGGUAUGUUGGCAGUGCAAAUACAGGGAAAGAACACUGAGGUUCUCUGCAAGCUGUUCAAUAUGAAAUUGAACAACCAAAAUCACCGCAAAGAUCCUUCCUGAUCUGUGUGCCCUACUGCAUCUUGGACUAUGAAGCACACAUGACACUAACCUGGGGAACAGAAUGAUAAUGUAACAGAUGACCACAGAGUAGCUGAUUGCAUUUCCCACCUAAAUUCUAAUUGUAGCAAUAUGGGAAAGCUAAUAUCUUGCAAGUGUUAGAUAGGUGUCUAUAGAUACACUGAUUGUAUGAGAACUGUUGAAUCACGGCCUGAACCUCUGAUUGACCAUCUGGGGCAAGCACUGAGUCAGCCAUGGGAGCACAGGUGAAGGCAAUUCAUCUGUGUGACCAGAAGGGGUGGAGCCAGGCUGCACCUCUCCUAGACCCCAUUUAAGAGCUGACUGCAACCAGGGAAGGAUCUCUGCCUGGAGAUCGCUCUUUGGGGAGUUUUUGCGAGCUUACAUCACUGGUGAGCACCCUUCUGAUUAUCUUUUCCAACCUGGUAGUAUUACCAGCCUAACUUCUCUAGCUACUGUGUAACAUCUGUAUACUUAUUAACAAUACACUGAUGUAGAAUCACUUGUGUUGGAAGGGACCAUUAAGUAUCAUCCAGACCAACUCCCCUGCAAUGAACGGGGGCACCUACAGCUACAUCAGGCUGCUCGGUGACCUGUCCAGCCUUGCCUUGAAUGUCUCCAGAAAUGGGGCUUCUCUCUGGGCAACCUGUUCCACUGCUUUACUAAACUUUAUGUAUAUACUUUUAUAUGAAAGUAUAGCUGGCAAUCAUGCUACACUGGAAUCACAGACUGACCCUUCAGCGUGAAGUUAGGACACUUCUACAUUAAAAUUACUAACAGCAUCUUUGCAAGGAUGCACGGGGUAUGUGUGUUAUGUCUGAUGCCGUUGACCAAAUCAGGAUUACUUGUGCAGAAUCUUAACCAUCAGUAUCUUGUGUAUCAUUAACAGUUUGGAAGAAAGCAGAAAAUAAAAUCUGUAAUUGAAAUAGAAUAUACAGCUUAGACAAUAUGUACCUUUUUUUCCUAAAUAUGUGAAAAUAGCUCACAUUUAUAUCUUUCUGCCUCAGGGCUAGGAAAAGUCAGAUACUUGUUGUAACAUUCCAUGGAAUUCCACUUGCAAAAAUGUAUUUGCAUAGUAAAAUUUGAUCAUCUUACAGA